AUAUUCCUCUCGGCCCUUUCUCGUCGCCAAGGAAUCAGACGGAGUCAUCACCAUCAUCGAUAUUCUUCUUCACGCACGAUCUACCAAGGAAAAGGCUGAACAAAAUUCACUCCCUCCGUUGUUUUUCGCUACGCGACCAGAGAAGCCCCGCCGCCGCCAGAUAUUCGCCUGUGCUUUGCCGGAAUUUCAAGGCCGUGUGAUUGUGAUUUCUCCAAUGGCGUGAAAGAUGAUGAGCAAUUGAUUGAACUCAUGCAAGUGUGUCCUCCACCUUCUACAUCUUCCACAAGCUGUAACGGCUAGGACCGAUUCAUCUUGUUAGGAUCUAGGGUAUUAACCUGAUUCAUCUUCAAGGACAGAACGCGCCUGAGAGCACAAGGCUGCACGGCACUUUCAAUCGGCAGCGGCCACUGGAAUCUAAGAAACAACCGCAGUUAUUAUCCGUAUCCGGGAUCGGGAAAAGCGGCGUACAGAAACCUGUGACACGGUGUUCCAGCAUUUCGGGAUCUGGAAAAGCGGAUACUGGCGAAGCAGCAAGGAAUUCAAUUCAAUCACGCAGAGAAACACUAGAAACUCAGAUACAAUUGAAGGAAGUCAAUAAUACAAUUGUCUGCAUUCAUAUCGCGUUUGUGGAGUUGGGGCGGGGCGGAUUUCUUAUUUUAAUUGUUAGAGAAAAGGUAACGAGUAACAGCUGACUUCCUCAUCCCUCACAACCGUCAUCAAUAUCAUGGACCGGCGGCGGCGCACAGAUGGUAAUCAGCCCAGUGACACGGUGUUCCAGCGUCUCUGGGAUCUGGAAAAGCGGAUACUGGCGAAGCAGCAAGAUGAUGAUGCAUGUGAGAAGAAAGAAGAAAAAGACUUGAUGAGUGACUCAUCGUCAUCAUCAUCAGAAGAAGAAGACGAAGACUUGAAAGAGGAACACGCAGAGAAAGAAGAAGAUUUGGAUGAGUGUGUGGCGAGCCUAGAGCUGGAGGACGUCGUGUGUGGAGUUUGCCUUCGGAAGGGGUGCAACGUUAGGUCGUGUCCCUAUCGGUAUCGGGUCCCGCCUGGCGUGCAUGAAGUUGGAGAGGGGUACGAAAUUGCUUGUCGGAAGUGCAUUCGCCUUGAUAAUCGCUGCAGGCACCCCGGUAUGGGAUAUGUUCGUCCUGCCUUCAAGUCUCCGUGGCGCAGAGCAGCACUGAAGCCGAUGGCUGAGUAGGCAAUCUGCAUAUGAUCCAUGAAGGAUUUUUGUUAUCAUCAUCUUCUUCUUCUUUGCAUUCAUUUAGGAAGUGAACUGAGAGCUUUCCAAAAUUAUUUGCGUAGGAAACACCAAGGUCAAAUAAUCACUCGUCUCUAAGUAAGAGUUAAAAUGCAUAUAUUGUGUUAAUCAUGAUCAUAUACAUUUUUAAAAAAAAGUAUGGUGAAAUG